CUGAUUGAAUUUGAAUACUAUACUGCUGUUGAAUUGAAUAAAAUAUUGCCCAGAAUAUACAGACUCGACGAAGCAAACGUUACCUUAAAUCUUGACUUCCUUUAAAGUGCUGUGAUGUUGUGAUUCAACAAAUCCGACUAGCUUUUCUUGCACAAAACGUUUGUCACGAAAUGUUAUUCUAUUCGGUACAUACUCGUCUAUAAACCUCAGUUUUAUUUUGGUCCAUAAAAGAGUGACAAUAACAUCGUAACCAAUCAGGGCAGAGCGAGCAAAACAUUAAAAACAAUGGGCUUUGUUCCAGUUCGGGCAAGAAGCCAUAAAAUACUGACGUGGUGAAGUUUGAUAGUCCUUGUCAAGGUCAGUUACCUUUUUUAUCAACCAGUAAUUUAUUUUCUCAUCAUAAUUUAUCAGUUUAAUUUAUUUCAUAAUUUGGCAUGUGGUCCCCAGAUUCCCUCAAAUACCGUACGCACGACUUGAUGACUCUUUUUUUUUUGUUCACUGUGCGCGCGAUAUCGGCGCGUGGGAAAAUAUACUUAGGGACCCAGAGCAAAUCCGCAUUAAAAUGCAAAGCUGGGUCAACUCAAAGCUACAUUUUAUUAUCAGUCCACAAAAUAUACUCUCUCUAGUUUUUUUUCUUUUUUAUGUUGUGUGUGUGUGUGUGUGUGUGUGUGUGUGUGUGUGUAUCGUUUCACUUCAGUAAACAAAAUAGUUUGCCUUCUACCUUGCUCUAUAGUUGAUAUUUGUCAUUUGCGAAACCUGAACUUUGACCUAAACAGGGUCAUUUCCAACCUUCGCCCACACCACCGUACGUACCCCAAACAUGUCAUCUCUGGCCUUCCUGGUUUCCACAAGUGGCGUUAGGGGAAAGGAGCUACACGCGUGUGGUGGGUAAGUUCGGAUGUUGGUGGUCCAGAGUUCUGCUACUGAAAGAGAAGGUAAUCCUUUCUCCUAUGCUAUGCGUGACAGAGAGAGGGCCAGGACUGGAAAAGUGUUGGAUAAAUUUGCCUGCCACUUAAACCUCCAACAAAUCGUUCUUCCGUUUUCAGAUACACAUGUACAAUUUUUAGUAUCAUUAGUAUGUCGUUCUUCCUAGAAGCGAGAUCUGAAGAUUUGAAGAGAGCUCUUGUUUGAUCUUGUUUGAAGAGAGAUCUUGUUUCUCGUGAAGCGUGAUUGUGCGUGCACGUGGAACGUGAUCUGUUUUCGGGAGUGGCACUGUUGAGUAGGCGGUCUACGUCUUCACCUGCCAGCGGUAGCACAAAUGACAAAACAAGAUUGCAAAUUAAAAAUGGCGGUCUUCGAGGUAAUUUUGAACGAUAAAGUUUCGGAUCUGAAGCACCUGCUAGAAGUCGAUCCAAAAUGCGCCAAUUCUGUAGGGUGGCACGGUUUAACACCUUUACAUCAAGCGGCAUUAAAGAGUAACCAAGAACUGGUAGACUUGUUGCUGGAGUAUGGAGCGAACGUGAACCGACCGAAUGCGUAUGGAGAGACUCCACUUCACCUCGCUUGUCAGGCGGCUUCCGUGAAAUUUAUACACAAGUUCUUGGAGAUCGGUGCAGAGCUGAGAGCGGAAGAUAGCGCUGGGAGGACUUGUAUUCAUCACGCUGCUAAAAGUGGUUCAGUGUGGGUAUAUAAUUAUAAAUACACACCUCUGGCUCCAGAGACACCUCAAUCCAUUCUUGAUGUUGCAAAAGAUGUUGUAUCAGAGUGCAACUUCUGUACAGUGUGUGAGAUUGUAAUGCCUGACUUCACUAAGCACUGCCGACUUUGUGAAAAAUGUUUUCUGAGUUUGGAUCACCACUGUCUGUUUCUCCUGAGCUGUGUGGCAAGAAACAACCACAGGGCUUUCGUGUUCUUCAUGAUUGAAGUAAUGGUGGCCAAUGUGUUAUUUGUGAGAGCAGCAGUGUCAUGUGAGUAGAAAUUUUACUUGUAUUUUUUUUUUUAAUAUUUAUCCACUUGAUAAUAAAAAAGUGUAGUAAAAUGAAAGUGGAAGGAGCAAAAUAUAGUAAUACUAAUUAUAUACCCUUUAAUUAGAUACAUUUAUUUAAGGCCAAAAAGA